UUGGAUGAUGAUAAGUUUAAAUCGGUGUUAAAGGAUUCCUUCGAAGCUUUCACUUACAACUCAGCCACGAAAGUCGGAUAUUUGCGUGUUGUGAGUUUUUUUUUCAUAAUCUAAAGCAGCUAAAAAUUAUGAGUAUAAUUUAUGAAAAUUAUUAACAAAUGUUCAACUAUUUUAUUCAGCAAUUGUGUAUUUCAUCUUUUAGCACACCUCGGCCAAAAUCGUGGUUUCCGAAAUAAAAAGUUGUACGCUAACUUUUUACAGCACAAAAAUUGUGAUUUUUUCAGUUUUUAUCCUCUAAAAAUUGUGAUUUUUCAAUUUUUGACCUCUAAAAACUGAAAUUCAGAUUUUUCAAAAAAAUUUACUCUGGCCAGCCACGGCUUGGCCGAGGUGUGUUUUUUAGGUCUAACUAGAGAACAAAAACUAGGUUGAAAAUGAAAAAAAAACCGAUUUGUAUAGAAAUAAUUGUUUUGUUUUCAGACAACACAUUUCGAGGCCGAAAAAUUGCGUCAUCAUGGAGUGAUUCGUGUGCAAAAUGACGAAUUUGAAAUAUGUGGCCGUUCGGAAUACUCAAUGAUAAUUAGACCAAUGCCAAAACAAAUCAAUCAUGCUCGAGCUGUGGAACUUUUUUCGAGGAGAUACCCGGAUUGUAUUCAAGUCGAAUUGUUGCAUUAUCACGGCGAUCAGAGUGUGAAAUUAUCAUAUUACGAAAAGGAAAACCGAGAUCGCGAUCUCAAAGAUUUGGCAACAUCGCGUGUAUUGGUGGAAAAUUCAUGGUAUGUUAAUUGUGGAUAUAACUCCUGAUUUUGUUCAAAUCAUCUCAUUAAUAAAAAUGUAGAAAAAAGGAAAAUAUCGAAAAUAAACAACAAAAAAAUUAUCUUCGAAAGUUUCACAUUUGUAGUCAGCUGUGUCAUCAAAUUUGAAAUUCGGAAUUUUUCGACGUCGCAGCUCAAUUUUGUUUUCAAAUGGCCUAAUUUUUUUUAAAUUGACGACUGCAGUACCCAAGACAAGAAUCCAUACACAAUUUUGACCAAAAAAAUUUUGGGGGUACGGUAUUCGCCUUUUAACUUUGGCAAUUUUUUAAAGAGGCAGCCUAACUGAAAAUGUUGGCUCGAGGGACUUAUUUUAUGUAUGGACAUAUAGUUUCUAUUAUUUAUAUUUCCCGGAAAAUUCAUCAUUGCUGUUUCAUUGAGACGGUUCCGAGAAAAUUUCAAACAGUUUUAUUUGAACAGCCUGUUCUAAAAAAAGAAAUAUAAUAAUAAUCUGAAAUUGUGGAUUUCAAUGAGAAACCCAAUUCAGUAAUUAACAUUUUUAAGUUGUUUUAGGAAUGUUGAAAAUGAAAAAACUGAGUUGUAUAGAAAUAAUUGUUUUAUUUGCAGAAAUCAAGAGAAUGUGCUCAAAAAUUGCGAGAAGAAGGAGUUAUGAAAAUCGAUAAUGUCGAAUAUAUAAUUGCUGGAAGAUCGGAAUAUACUAUUGUGGCGAGACCGAUUCCGAAAGCAUUAAUUGAGAAGAGGGCUGCUGAGAUGUUCAUGAAGAAAUUUCAGGAUUGUGUAAACUUGGAAUCAUGUUCAUAUCACGGUGACGAAGCAAUCACAAUGUACUAUUAUGAAAAGGAUGUUAGAGACCGAGAUUUGAACUUGUUUGAGAGUUCUCGAAUUAUUAUAAGAGAUAUUUGGUAUGUUUAUUUUGGAUAUAAUUAUUUAUUUCAUUCAAAAAAUUUAGCGAAUUAAAAAUAGAAAAAUGUGGGUGUUGAGAUUUCAUAGAAAUAACAGAUAAUUAUCUACAAAAGUCAAACAUUUUUGGUCAGCCUCAAAUUUGAAAUUGAAACGUUUUUCAAUGUCGCAACUCAAAUGUGUUCAAUUACCGAUAAUUGAACAUAAUAAAACUAUGGAAAAGUGGAAAAUACGUGUUUAUCUGAAUUUUAUCACAAACAUUUCAUUUUUCGUAUUUCUGAAAAACAUAGAAAAUAAUGGGCCUAAGAUCAAUUAUGCAACAAAUUAGUCUACAAAUUUUCCAUGAAAAAGUUCUGAAAUAGAAAAACGGAGAAAAUAUGUGAACAUUCCUGACACGCGAGCUUGUGCGCAUUUUUGACAACGACGGAAAUCUCGAAAUUAAAAAGAUAUUUAAAAAAAUGCAUUUUUCUUGUGAAAUCUAGAAAACCUUCAUUUUUCUUAUAUAUCAAUAUAAAUGGAAUGUAUUUUAUAGGAUGCCGAUCCUCGCAAUCGUUGGACCAACAACAUCUUAUAAACGUUCUGGUUUCGAAGAUCUCAGCAACGAGCAUAAAGAAAAGUGAGUUCAUUUGAAAUAUGAUUUCUUUCCAAAAAUAGUUAUUUUCCAUUUCAAUUAAUUUUACAAUUAAAUACUUAACAAGUAAGGCAAUGUUCGAUUGAUCGUAGUGAUUUUUCCACUAUAUGAAGAUGUAACAAUGUCCCAUUAUGAAAAAUACGUUAUUUUUAGCGAUGUUGAUUCAUUUUUGCAAACAAUGUCGGUAAAAAAUGUUUUUAAAAAUAGUUACGAUUUUUCUGAAAAAUUUUAUCACAAAAAUCAAAAACCCAAAAAUAUCGAAAAAAAAUUUUUCUCUCCUUAUUCCCGUUAGGGUUUUUCUGACCCACGAAAACCCUAAACAUUCCACAUACUCUCGAUUUUUUUCUUGGGGGAACAUUGAAAACCUUUCCUUGUAAAAAAAAUUGAAAAAAAUCUGUGCUCUCAACAAUAUGAAUGGUUCGAAAAUGGAUCAUAAAUUGCACAAUUUCUUAGCUUUUAUCACUGUCUUCGGUUUACAUAAAAUUCAUCAAUUUUUUUUUAAAUCACGAUGUAUGAAUUUUUUCCGAGCCUGGUUGGUGGUGUUUUAAGAAAAAUGUUGCAAUUCGCUGAAAAAUUAAAUUUUCAAAAAUUAAUCGGUACAUUUGGAAUGACUUACCAUAUAAAAUUAUUUUCGACAAAAUAACUUCAAAAAGUCGAUAAUAUGGAAUUUUUCAGAUGUAUGAAUUUUCAACUCGUCCUGUCACCACCAGAAUGUUUCGAAAGUUUUCAUUACAAAUCUAUCGAACAAUUGGAACAAAAGAAGCAUGCAAAAAUCAAUGCUGCCGUUAGUUCAUUUCGAAUUGCCAGAAGCGAACAAAUGAAGGAUUUGGAAGUAAUGAAAAUCAAAUAUGAAGAGGAAUCAAUCCGAAAAAGUAAUUUGUUUUUUUUAAAUGCAGUGAAAUGGUCCGGAAACGGAGAGCACUGUUAAAAUGUUGAUGAAUGAAUUUGAAAAUUCAUUUACUUUCCAAAAACACAGGCAUAAAUUCUUGACUUUUUUAAUUCAGAAAUGCCUGUCGCAGAUAAAAAAAUUUCUGGCGUGAAUCGGGAGGCGGGAUUUAUUUGGCAAGGUGCGGCACGUUUUUUUUCAAGCAAAAAUUAUUUCUGAUUUUUUGCAUUUCGAAAUUUAGUGAAGAAAAAAAGAUGAAAUCGAAAAAAUUAUUUAAAAAACGUGAAACGUGUAAUCGUGGCAGGGGGCGGAGCCAGCAGGAAAAAAAGUCAGCAAUUUAUGCCUGUGUAAAAAGAGAAGUUGAACAUAAGAUUCAGAGAAAUAAAAAAAAAACUGAAAAAAGAAAAAUAUAUGUGGCCGAAUUAUUUUACCCAAUUACCGGGUCAUUGAUCUUAAUUCAACUCAAUUGAUGUUCAUUUAACUUAAUACUUUUCAGAAAAAAAAUGA